AUGAGACUGCACUUGCUAUUGUACGCCUUUAUAUCCAUGAUCUUGGCAUCUAUUACAUACGGUAGCUCAGACAUGACAGUGGACGGACCAGUUAUGGCUCUAGCAAGUUUCAACGACAAGAGACUGAUAGAUUUGGUUUCUCUAACUUCUGAUCGUAAGUGUAUUACUAUUCAAACUAAUAAGGGCCCGGUACGUUUACCAAGCGGCCGACCAGCCAAUUCAGACGUUACUCUCAGCUCUGAGGGUUAUCCGUCUAUUUGUCCACGCGAUAAUGAUGAUUCUGUGACACAGAAUCUUAUCAUUAUCCAAAUAAAGGUGUUAGACUUUAGCAGGAAUGGACGCAUGGAUCUGCUGGUAUCCUUAGCUCCUGAUAGUUAUAAAAUUGACCGUAACAACAAACAGGUGGUCAACCUUCUGUAUCUUCAGGUCGGCGAAGAGAAAAGCAAGUACUCACUAAACACCCUUCCCACUCUUUUCCCAGAAAAUACUAUAGACUUUUAUAAGCCCAUCAGAUUGAUCAAUACAGCAGAACCGCCAGUCCCUCUCAUGAUAAACGACAAUGUGUAUGCACCAGACUUGGUCUAUGCAGAGAAUAACACAACACUGAAGGUACUCAUCAAUCAGCUGGCAGACUAUACAAUAGGAGACGAUGGUAAUAUUUCACUAUACCGCUGUCUAAAUGAUGCUAAGGUGGCUUCCGAUUGUUUUAGAGAUGCAGUACUAUAUGAUGAAAGCAUGUCAACGAUACAGGGUGCUGAGGUUUCUAUCCCACUGGACAUAUCGCAAGUUGACCUCAGUGGAAACUGCAAGCCUGAGCUUGCACUGAAAAUGGAUGUUAAGUGCCACGACAUAAGUCAAGAUGCCGUCUUUAUUGAUCAGAUAAGUAGACUUUCAAAGGUUUCUUCGGCUGUGCUCAAGCAACACCUCCCCUAUGGACAGACUGACGUUUGCUCUGUUGUGCAGGUCUUCACUCUUAAUUACUCCAGCACAUCUCCCGUUACCCUCUAUACACCAAGCCCUGAGCAUUCUAUCUUUCUCGGAGUAGGCGUUGGCAUGCUCACCUUUGUCGACAUAAACAAUAAUGCAGCGAUAGAUAUUGUCUUCACCAUCUGUCGAGGACGUGAGACAUCUGAAUGCCUUUUAGAGAAUAGCAUUCACAUCCUGCACAAUAAGCAAAUGUAUGUUUGUGCGUCUUCCUCGAGCACACAAGGUCUUUGUCGCGGGAAAACAGACAUGUGUUUGGAUGACCCCAACUAUGCCUUUAAUAGCCGUGAGAUGGACAUUAUCAUAUAUCCCAUAGCUAAUAUUAAAGAGCCGGACACCGAAGAAAUAAUCUCCUUAACUGCAAACACUAUGGCCAGCCAGUUCAAUGUUCCUCGUGUAGUGGCUAUAGACUACCGACUCCAACGCAAGCUAUCGCUCAUUGUUCCAGUGAAGGCAAACAACGAAAACACACUCCUUAUCUUAGAUCUAGAGCCAUGCAGUGGAAGUACUAGUAAAAUGAUGGACGCAUGGGAAAAUAAGCGCUAUGAUGAGCUUCUGCAGCUACAUCAGAGCGCACUCAGAGAGACUGAGCAUUGUCCAGAUUACCUUCAGAUAAGUUCUAUUGCAGACUACCGCGUUUACCCCUCCUAUGUCGAUACUAAUCUUCUCAACAUAGAGAACACUAAGGGCGCCUACCUCGGUAACUUUGUUGAUUUUGUUGGAAAUGGCCAUGCUAACCUGGUUGUCAACAUUCCUAGUACAUCGGUUUUCCUCCAGAUUUCUCUGCCUCAGCAGAUCACUGGCUUCUUUCUCAAAGUCAAGGGCUUGAAUGAUCUUUGCUUUGACUCUUGCAAGUCAGCAAAUCCUAAAUGGAAGAAAUGUUAUUACACAACUGCGGUACCUGGAGUUAGCUUCAAGUAUGUUACUAGCGAUACUUCUGCUGUUCCAGCUGCGGGGGCAGGAUCGCAGUUCUGCACUAUCGCGGCUAACCCGCUUAUGCUCCCGCAUAUGUUCUGGGGCAUUAGCGACGUUGCCCAGUACAUCGACGUCCUCUUUGCCGGGAACAUUUAUUCAGGCAACGACAACUAUAUGUACUGGAGCGGAAUUGUCCCCAAUUCUUAUGUAACCAUAUCGCAGUAUCCUCCGAGCGCCGCGUCUCGGUGGGUUCUCAACUCGUUUCUCCCUGAUGUCAGAGGAACCGAAUCGUUUGUCAUUGUCUUCGCCCUGGGAACCUUCCUCAUCCUCCUCCUCGUCACAAUCAGUCUCCACUGCUGCGAGCUGAAGCGCGACAAGCAGCUAGAAAGACAGUACUCCCACAGCCUCUACCGAUCAGAGCUUUAG